AUGGCAGAGGGCUUUCUUGAAGGAACUGAUAUGGAGAUUGUGGGCAACAAUUUCCUUAAUAUUUUCUUACAAAACUCCUUGUUGUUAGAAGUUGUGGGGCGAAACGACUAUUAUGGCUAUAUAAUGUAUUAUAACAUGCACGAUCUUGUGCAUGAUCUAGCAUCGUCUAUUUUAAAUUCAAGCGAGCAAGUUCGGUACAUAGGCCUGCAAUCAUCUACUAGCGGUGAAUCGCGUGCUAUCCUAAAUGAACAAGCAAUUUCUCUUCGUUCACUAUUGUCCAAUGAUAAAAUAUGCGUUUGCAUGUUCUCGGAGUUCAAAUCGUUGCAUGUUUUAAUUCUAAUGGGCAAUUGCGUUGAAGAGUUGCCAAGUUCGAUCGGAGUGCUAAUACACUUGAGAUGUCUUGAUAUUUCAGGCAUAAGAAUUAAAUAUUUGCCGGAAUCUGUCACCGAACUUUAUCACUUGCAGACGUUAAGAGCAUGUCACGAUUUGAAGAAGCUACCGAAUACAUUGGAGCACUUAAUGAGCUUGAGACAUCUUCACGUUCCUCGAAUAGAACUGCAUCCGGGGAUGGGAAGAUUAAUUUCUCUUCGAACAAUACAGUACUUUGGAGUGAGCAAUGAAAACGGUUGUGGAAUUGACGAGCUCGGAAGCUUGAAAAAUCUCCAAGGGGAACUGCAGAUUUAUAAUCUCGAAAAGGUGUGUGGCAAAGAAAUGACUAAGAGAGCGGAUUUAUUACGAAAGCCAAACAUAGUGAAGUUAAAUCUUGAGUGGAGUAUUGAAAAUAGAAAAGGUGAAAACGGCGACGAGAGUGUGUUGGAAGGCCUCGAACCCCACCCGAAUCUAAAGGGCUUAUACAUUUGGGGAUUCGGAGGGAGACGUUUGCCACCAUGGUGUUCAACGAUGUCGGGACUUAAUAAUUUGACAAAGAUAACACUUGAAGAUUGCACGGAUUGCGAACAAGUUCCGACGCUAGGGCACUUGCCGAAUUUGAAGAAUCUUUAUCUGAUUAACCUGGAGAAUGUGAAAUCCAUAGGUUCGUCGUUCUACGGAAUCGACAAAUGCAGCACAUCCGGUACUACAAUUACCGCAUUCCCGGCACUCGAAAGGCUCGAGUUGGUAUAA